AUGUCCACUAGUCUUGAUAUCAGUUUCUCGGGUAAACCGUUUGCACCGAUAAAUGUGCCGGGCUUGAAGUUUGAUAUGAUACCAAAUACAUUAUUAACAAAAUCUCCAAAUAAGUGGUUGAGUCCAAAUGAGAUAAAAUCUUUGGAGCGAUUGAUAAAAUUUGGUUAUAUUUCUAGAAAUGUUCAUCCAAAUCUGUUACCUGUAUCUUCAAACUCAUAUGGAUCGGCGUUCACUAUCAAACUCAACAAAAUUCCCGCUGCGUUGUUUACUGCAUGUCAGGAAUCUUUCGAAUUCUCUAAUUCUCCUCUUUGUGAAGUUAUUAAAAUAGAAGAUUCUAAACAAAAAGCUGAUAACGUUUUGCCUGGACCAAUGGAUAAGUUCAAAAUCAGCAUUCCCACCGAUUUGGAAAGAGAGGAGUUCAAAAAAACGAAAAAACCUCGUUUCAGAAAAACCUCUGUAUCGCUUCUAAAAAAAGUUCUUUUAUCAAAUUUGUUGAAAAGUCAUACAGCAAAUCCUAAACGAUUAGGAAUAUCAGUUGCGGCGUCGAAAAGAGCACUGACCGGAGCCAAAAGAAAACUCAAGUUAGUAUCUGUAGAGUAG